AUGGGCACAGAAAUACAGGGAGACAAUUGGGACUACCCAUGCUCCGACGACGAGUUAACAGCAUGUGGUGUUACGAUAGGAAAAAGUUGGAUGCCGGAUCCUAAUGAACUGGAGGAGUUAUACAAAUCUAUUGAAAAGACUGGAACGAUUAACCUCGAAUGGAAAUGCCCUGGACGUAGGGCUCCUUCUCCUGUCCCAGUGUCAAAAGAAAAUCAGCCUGAAGCCAUGCUAACUUCACCAGUGAGGGAAGAAAAGUCUGACUUUGAUUUUAUGGACGAAAUGGGUUCAUUGCAUUUGCGCGUACGUCGGGAAGGUGAAGACACGUUACGUGGUUCAGCAAAAAAGAAAACUACUUCAUUUGAUGGCAUUUUGUCAAAUAUGAUAAGACAUAAAAGAAUUGAACAACUGGAAAAACAGGCUAAUACACCAACAAGUUCAUCAAACACAUGA